CUGACCCACUUAGAUGUGCACAGGCUCCAAGUUGUGUUCCUUCUACUACUGAUCGUCAACAGUUGUAAAUGCGCUUCGAUAUGUGACACCACAGCACGGAUUUUAGAUAUCUCGUUGUCAUACAAAACUAAACGAGAUGAUGUCACGACGGGAGUCUUAAAUGAUGUAAAAGAAGAACUGUUUCUUUUUGUAAAGUCACAGGACUCUAUAGUUAGUGCGUUGAAAAGGAGGGCGAUAGACAACCUUCAUAAACCAAUCGAAUCGAGAUUAAAGCAAAAUGAAAUCUUUCGAAAUGAAAUAGCUGCAAUGAAAAAGGAUCUGCCACGUUUAAAGGGGAAAUAUAGACUAUUGCCUCAAAAGCAUGACGCAAAAAUCCAGGGCCAUGUCGUAAUGAAACUCGUUGAUGCUUUCCUACUGGGCUAUAAUUCACUAACAUGGCAACAGAAACAUGAGGACAUCGAUAUUCUUAGAUCAUCCAGUAAGAAUUGGAAAGAUGCGAUAAAGAAGGGAUUGGUUGAUCCACCUUGCACAUGUGUUAAAAAUAAUCUAAUUGGACUGACUGUACUACAAGCAAAAUUUGACAAAAAUUUGGAAAAAAUAGCUGGAACCUUUCGUUAUACUGAAUCUCUUUUUAAAACAUUAAUCGAAAUGGCGAACGCUGUUCGACUCGAAUUCCCAUGUGACAGUAAGACAACUGAAGUCCCACUAACAAGUGCCAAACCAAAAACAACAAAGACGACACCCAAAACAGAUGACCCGUGUGGCUGUGGCGAGGGCGGAGUCUGCGACUGUGAAUCAAGCCCCUGUAAAUGUAAAUGCUUUCCCAUGUACUCUGGGGCAAAAUGCCAGACAAUUUUACCCUUGGACAAGGUCGGCUGUAGUAUUCGUGAUAAGAAGGUCACCAAUAAGUUUUGGAAAAAUACCAUAAUGACUAGCUAUCAGACAUUCGACAGGGCGCGUUAUAGCUUCCCAGGAAGCUGUCUCUACAUACUCACGGAACCCAAGGAUGCUUUUGAGCCCAAGUUUCAAAUUGCUCUCCGUCAGAAGCUUCAUGCAAAUGAAGGAAAGAACCAUACCUGGCCAGAAUAUAUUGUGCUACAUGUAAACGACAGGGAUGUCAUAAUUGGGCAGACGAAGAACGAUGGAGAGGUUGAUGUGAGGAUUGAAGAUAAGCAAAUCAUUGCUACACCAAGCGAACAUUCACUAGGUAUAGUCCAUGGUCACGCCCUCAAAGCAAUAGUGACAAAACGGAAGCCUCAAGGUGUUCAAGUUGAAAUUGUGCCGUAUG